ACAUACACACACACACACACACACAUCAAAAUGCCUUUUGUUCCCGUGGAAACUCCCAAGUGCCCAGCAUGCGGAAAGUCGGUCUAUGCCGCUGAGGAGCGCGUUGCUGGUGGCUACAAAUUCCAUAAAACAUGCUUCAAGUGCAGCAUGUGCAACAAGGCUCUGGACUCCACAAACUGCGCCGAGCACGAGAAGGUGCUGUUCUGCAAAAACUGCCACGGACGCAAAUACGGACCUAAGGGUUACGGUUUCGGUGGUGGUGCCGGUUGCCUGUCCAUGGACACUGGCUCUCACCUCAACAGAGAGUUUGUUCAACCAAAAAUUCCGCCAAAAGCGCCCGAUGGGGAAGGCUGUCCCAGGUGUGGCAUAUAUGUUUAUGCAGCAGAACAAAUGCUGGCCAGAGGGAAGGGCUAUCAUCGCAGAUGCUUCAAGUGCGUGCAAUGCAACAAGACACUCGACUCCACCCUGCACUGUGAUGGCCCCGACAAAGAUAUCUACUGUCGAGGAUGCUAUGCCCCAAAGUUUGGCACUCGCGGCUAUGGCCAGCUGAAUGGCUUAAUGUCCGACAUUAAAGACUGCGAAUGGCAGAGUGAUUUGGCACCGAAAACCGCUGCCAUAAAUGUGGAUCAAAUUCAGGCGCCACUGGGCGAGGGUUGCCCGCGGUGCGGCGGUGUUGUGUUCGCCGCCGAGCAGGUCCUGUCAAAGGGAAGGCCGUGGCAUAGAAAGUGCUUCAAGUGUCGCGACUGCACGAAGACCCUCGACUCAAUCAUCGCGUGCGACGGACCGGACAACGACGUCUACUGCAAGACGUGCUAUGGCAAAAAGUGGGGUCCGCAUGGUUACGGCUUUGCCUGUGGCUAUGGAUUCCUUCAAACCGAUGGCGUUAGUGAUGACGUUUCGCAGCGCCCCUUUGUGUGUCCCGAUACGACAUCCAUCAAGGCGCCUGAGGGCGAGGGCUGUCCGCGCUGCGGUGGCGCCGUAUUUGCCGCCGAGCUGCAGUUGUCCAAGGGGAAGAUGUGGCAUCGCCAGUGCUUCAGCUGUGCCAAGUGCCAUCGGCCACUGGACUCGGUGCUGGCCUGUGACGGACCCGAUGACAACAUCUACUGCAAACUGUGCUACGCCAAGCUCUUUGGCCCCAAGGGCGUUGGAUACGGACACACGCCAGCUCUGGUCUCCACCAGCUACGAAUAUACACCGUCCAGUUGGGGACAGCUCAAUCGUUGUGGUGGCCAGUCGGAGGAUGGUUGUCCACGUUGCGGUUACAUCGUGUUUGCGGCCGAGUCGAUGAAGUCCAAGAACAGCAUCUGGCACAAGCUCUGCUUCUACUGCUCGGACUGCCGCAAGUAUCUGGAUUCGACCAACUUGAACGACGGACCCGAUGGCAACAUUUACUGUCGCUCCUGCUAUGGCAAGAACUACGGUCCGAAGGGCGUGGGCUACGGCAUCGGCGCUGGCACUCUGACCAUGGCCUAAACGAACCAAAGUGUGCGCUUACAAGACUGCCAACAAAAGGUCUGCCAACAAAUGCUCCAAAUUGUGGCCAUUUCCAGGUUGACAGUCUUUAAACGGACACUUUGCACGAGGCUGUACUCGAUUUAUUCUACGUUUAGUAUUGUAUUUCUCGGAUUUAUGCAUGGCAUAAAAGCUCCAAAGUCAUGCAUAUUUCUUAGGCGUCGUUGGUGUUGUUUAGUAUAACAACUACAGAUAGUAAACAUAACUAAAUUAGGUAACUUUAAAAGCGAACUCGACAUGUGUGUGUAUGUAUAUUAUGGCGAUCGAAAUAAACGAAAGAAUCAACUUCAAAUAUAUU